AUGGAAGUUGAGGAAGAUGGCAUUCUCCGAGACUAUCAGCCAUGGAGCAGCGGAGGCGCAGAUCUCUGCAGUCUUCUUCUCAGGGUGGAUCCUCUUAACCAAGCGAAGCAGCACGUCGCCAGCAUGCGAGAGAGCGUGGCCGUUGUCGAAGAUCUGCUCCACCAGGUGUCCGGUUUCCAUCAACUUCUCCUCGCCGAGCUCAAACUGAAGUCGAAGGACAUCAACGCCUUCGUCGCCGCCCUCACGCACCUCGGUCUCCAACUGCCUGCCUCCACGAAGCGCCUCGGCCCUCCCACGCCGCUGCAUCUGCGGAACCUCCGCCGCCGGCUGCUCGCGAAACAAAAAGCAGGCGACGCGCGGGCGUCGGAAAAGGGGACAGCGCGGGACGUCUAUGCAGAAGAGAGAAACGGAGAAACGAGAAAACGGGGAGAAGACACAGAGUCUUCGUCGCUCCCAGCGGCUUCUCUCUCCUCUCCUCUCCACUCUUCUGUCUCUGCUUCCCACUCCUCGAGCGCCCCUUCGCGUGUGCAGAGUGUGUCUCCCGCCCGUGUCUCGGCGAGCGUCUCAGCUCGACUGAAACCCCGCGCUCCGCCCUCUCCGGGAGAAGCCGAGGAGGAAGGCGCGAAGGCGAGGGGAGACUGGAAGUCGAGAAGAGAAACCGCCAGAAACGCAGGGACAGCAGCGAGCGGCGAGGCGGAGCCGUGCGCCUCCGAUGUGAAGCCGAGAGAAGGGAAAGCUAAGAAGUUGCAGGACACAGGAGAAGCACGGCCAACUUUACUGCCGGAUUCGCCUGUCUCCUCUGCGCCUUUGGCCUUGUCGCCUUCCCCGUCCGCCUCAACCCCUUCCGGUUUGCCUCAGAAAGAGGCAACAGGCGCACGGCUCCCCAGGCGUCGCGGGAGGCUGAGACUGCUCGCGCUGGCUGACUCGCCGGACGCCGAGGCACGGGACGGAGGGUCUCUGAAUGGAGAGGAUUCGAGCAAAGCCGCGCGGCGUCUCGCGUGCCGAGCUCUCGCCGGAGAAGAAGCAGGCGACAAGGCAGAAAGCCGUGCAUGCGCUUCCCUCUCGACCGGUGGGAAAACCCUAGAGACGCGGCAAGCGAACGAGAAAAAAGGACCUCGAGAGGCGUCCUCGCCUUCUUUAGGUUCGUCCCGUAUCUCUUCGAAAGCGCUGUCUUCUUCACUUGUCUCCUCGCCCGCCAGUCGCCCACGCAAACGAAAAGCGCCUCAGCCCGCGGAGUCUGCUGCGCGUUCUCGGGCGGGUCUCUCUCCAGCUCGUAGUAGUGAGGGAGCGGAGGAAGGCGAAGGCAAGACGAAGGUGAAAGGCGCAGCGAAGAAACGCCGUGUCCUUCCGUCUCUCACCCCUUGUACUGCUCUGUCUUUCGCUUCAUCUUCCUCCGCUGCUUUGUCUCUCCUCAGGGACUCGGCAGCCUCCUCAGCGGCCGCAGGAGGCCCCACAUCUGUCUACCCGGAGACAGCCACGAGGCGCGACCGGGCCUCUGCGAGCGCUCAAGAAAGGACCAGUGGAGUCGCUGCCGAGACGCAGCGUGAGGCAGGCGCCAGGCGUUCUCAGGAGGCAGAGGCUGCCGUCGCCUCCCAGCGUUCCUCGGGGCCGGGAGACAGCGAAUCUCCUCUCGCUUCCCCUCCUUCUUCCUCUCUGGUUCCUUCUUCCUCUCUGGUUCCUUCUUCCUCUCUGCUUCUGGAGGAGAGCAGGCCUGGAAGAAAGGCGGCGCCUGUGUCUGGCUCAGACGAUUCUCUCGGAGAGACGCGCGCGAGCUCGAAUCGAGCAAAGGCGACUCGGGCGCAGCUGCUUCAGAAGCCUGUCGCGCCACACUCCUCAAGCGGAACGGGAAGCGCUCUUGGGGCAGGUGCCGAAGAAGAGACCGCUGAAUCCUCUGACGUCUCCAAGGAGACGUCAGAGGGCGGCGGCCGAGAGCAAGCAGCUGCGCCGAAACAGCUCGCGCUAGCUAGCUACCCCACGACGAAGACCCGGAAGGCAGGCGAAAGCUCCACGCGACGUCGCAGCGAGACACCGGCUAUAGGGUUUAAGCCAAGUGAAGGUUUUCCAGGUGGGGAAAACGGAGGGAUGAGAGACGAAGAGCUGGAGAGGAAGGGGACGGUGGAGACAGAGGAGGGGGGCGGGAGAGAAAGCGUGGGACCGGAGAAGACCAAGGUCUGUAACGGCGGCGGGACAGAUCUCUCUGCUUCAGGUCUCUCGGGGAAGAGAACGGCCCAGGCGCAUGGCAACGGAGCAGCGGCGAGCGGUUCGCAUGCCGGCUCGGCCGAUGAGAAAACUGCUCAAAGUCGCCAAGGCAAGCGCACCGGCCGGGCACGCGGCGCGGAGAGACACGCGACCUCCGGGGGGGGAAGAGGCCAGGAAAGCUCGCGGAGUUCCCCGAGAGGGAGCAAAGACAGCGACAAAAAAGGAAAGAAAAAAACAGCCGGCGAGCGCGUCUCGUCAAAGGAGAAGAAACUUCGCCUCUGCGACGAGAAAGAUCCGUGGCUGCCUGCCGGUAGACACACCGGCCAGUCUGAGACGGAACAGACGUCGGGCGCGUUGGGCUCCACGGGGCUGGCUCCGUCGAGGGAAGGUGAUGAUGCUCUUGGCAGCGGCGCCUUGAACGGAGGCACUUCACACACCACGUUAGGAAGCGUGGAAGAGGGAAGACGCGAAGCAGGCGCGAGGCGGGAUCAGGUCGUCUCUUCUCUUCCGCCUGGAGCCUCUUGUCCUCCUUCGAAUUCUCCGCUUUCAUACGAGCCGGCACCGCCGCCCUCGCUGCAGGCCUCUGUCUCCCCUUUAAGCGCUAGGGCGCAAAACAAGGCGACAGAAAAGAAUGCCAGAGAGAGAGAAGAACCAAGAGAAACAAACACCCAAGGAGCAGGGGCCCAAGGCGCAGGGGAAGGCCAGGGACUACAUAAAAACGAGCAAGGAGUGGACAACGAACAAGGACGGAAGAAGGAACGCGAGCUGGCGAGAGAGCGAGGAAACGGGGGGGAGGUUGCUGUAAGACAAGAUAUCUCGUCGUCAUCUCGCCCCGACCGUCCUGCUAUUCAGUUGCCUCCAGGUGCUGUCCUCGAUGUGGGCCGUGCGCGAGAGUGUUUGGAGAGAGCAAGAACUGGAGAGAACGGCUUGGGCAAAAGUGGAACUUUGGGUCAGCUUCAGUCGAGUAGCGAUCCGCAGAUUCACGGCUCCUGCUCAGAGUCGAUUUGCAGUGACUCCUCUGGGCGCCAGGGGCACCAGGUAGAGCAGCCUUGCAGAGAAGAGCGGGAAGGCGUGCUGACGCGAGAAGAGAGAACAAGAACGAAUAGACUGGAGGACACGGGUAAAUCGCUUGCCAAGCCUAACGAUGAGGCCAGCGAAACGACGCUUCCUCAGCAGGCGCAGGAGACGAGGCGGGCGACGAAGGGCGAACAGGACAAGGCGGCAUGCAGGCAAGUCGAAGGCGGCGCGACUCCUGGAAGGCCCGCUGGUGGGGGAGAGACAGGAACGCCACGGGAGAGUCGCAGCCGAGAGCAGACCUGGACUCGAUUUCCUGGUCGAGGGCCCAGAGCCGCAAGUUCCACCUCGAAUGCAGAAGAGCGGCCUCGCCUCCGAGAGAAAGAAGAGAGAAGGUCGGAAUCCGGCAGCAACCGAAAAGGAGACGAGGGAGAGGAAACGAGAAGACACGGCGAAAGGGAAAGGGAGAGAGACUACCGACGGAUGGGAGAAAAAGAAGAGAGAGGAAAGAGAGAAGAGAGAGGAGAAAAAGGAGAGAGAGAAGGACGAGGUGAGAGGAAAGGGCGAGGCGAGAAAGAGGACCCAUGUGGCAGCGGCUACGGCCAUAGACGGUUGGAGGAAGGAGGGGAUCGAGCAGAUAGUCGCAGACGGUGGCGAGAGGAAGACGAGAGAAGCGGAGGGGAUAGAAGAGACUCAAGCCCGGCGGGCAGACAAAAAGGUUGUCCUUCGUUUUCUCAAAAGCCGUCUUUCUCGUAUCAGCCGUUCUUCUGGGCGGCACAUGCCGCACAGCAGGAACGACGCAGGAGUUUCUCCUCUCGAGGCGGCUCCGGCUCAGGGCCGAUGGACAGGGCCGACCCCGGGUGUACGUACACCCCAGGCGACAGGCGGACCUGGAGCAGAGCGGACGGAAGCGGAGACGGGAAACGGCGCAGCUCGCCGCCGCGUCGAGAGGAAGAAAUUCGGGGAAGAGGAUGCCAAGAGAAAGCGCGUCACAGAGAAGGCUCCUCGUCCACGUACUCUUCUUCCAGCGCCGCUUUUCGGCCUGCCUACGGUGGAGAUUCGCGAUGCGACGAAGGGACAUGGUGGCGAGAACAAGGCAGAAGAGAGAGACAAGAAAGCAGAGCUUAUGCUUCGUCCUUUCGUGCGUCUUCGCGUCGGGAAGACGGGGAGUCUCGCAGUUCGUGGGGCAAACGCCCGCACUAUCUCACCUUCUGUUCCCAGAGCAAAACUUUCAAAUCGCGAUCGUUCUCGUCUUCGCCCUCUUCCUCCCUCUCGGCUUCUUCCUCCUCAUCUCUCUCUUCCUCUUCUUCUCUCUCGGCUUCUUCCUCUUCUUCUCUCUCUUCCUCUUCUUCUCUCUCGGCUUCUUCCUCUCCUUCUCUCUCGGCUUCUUCCUCUUCCUCUCCCUCUCUCUCUUCCUCUUCCUCUCUCUCGGCUUCUUCCUCUUCAUCUCUCUCUUCCUCUUCUUCUCUCUCGGCUUCUUCCUCUUCUUCUCUCUCUUCCUCUUCCUCUCCCUCUCUCUCUUCCUCUUCCUCUCUCUCGGCUUCUUCCUCUUCAUCUCUCUCUUCCUCUUCUUCUCUCUCGGCUUCUUCCUCUUCAUCUCUCUCUUCCUCUUCUUCUCUCUCGGCUUCUUCCUCUUCAUCUCUCUCUUCCUCUUCUUCUCUCUCGGCUUCUUCCUCUUCUUCUCUCUCUUCCUCUUCCUCUCCCUCUCUCUCUUCCUCUUCUUCUCUCUCGGCUUCUUCCUCUUCUGAUUUGGCUUCGCCUCUUCUUUCGGCGUUUGCUUCUGCUUCCGAUUUCGCCCAGCCUUCUCGAGACAAACGCGGGGUGGGCGGUACAUGCUCCACAGGGCGGGUGUCGACGAAUGAGGGAGUCACCUCGAGGGCCGCCGGCAACGCGAAGAGCCCUCGGUGCUUCUCUGGCGAAGGCACUGGGGAUACUGCCAAGACCGGAGAAAACCUGGAAGCGAAAUGCGGCGAAGUCCUAGCCACAGCGGAAACCAGCGCGAGAAGGACAGAUGCCGGCCGGAGGGAACUGCUGACCUCAAGCUCUUUGCACGACGAGCAGGCCUUCCGCUGCUCAUCUCGCAUUUGUGAAAAUGCGAAAACCACAGACACGGGCCUUGAAACGAACGAUCUGAACAGCCGACCUACGUUCCCAUCGGUCGAGGGCCAGCCUCGUGGACUAGGCGCUCGCGGCCAACGGGCCCCAUUCCCAGGCCCAAAAGUAUCUCUUCUCUCUUCUCGAAUUCCUUCCUUGUCUUUUUUGUCGCCAGGUGACCCUCCCCUCUCUUCUUCUUACCCGUCUUCCUCUUCUUCCUCUGUCGCUUCCUCUUCACCUUCCUCGUCCUCUUCUUCUGGACCUUCUGAGACGUUUCUCGCUGCCGCUGCCUCGCCGCUGGAAGCCGCGAGGCUGUGCAGCGGCGUGCACGAACAGGCUACGCGUGUGGCGCAAGCAGCGAUCGCCGACAUUCUGAGGCGCCAAGCGUUGGGUGGAUCGUCUGCAGAAGUGUCUCCGCAAGGCCUGCUCGCCAGAUCGCGUCUCGAUUUCGUUUCGGAAAGGCCACGGGAAGGUCGACGCGCGGAGCUCUCGAGGCGAAAGCUCAGUUUGACUUUCAGUCUCUCGAAGAAGCAUGAACACGCAGGACGCGGGGAGACAGGAGACGGCACCCACUCUCCUCACCCGCCCGAUGGCCCGCCCUCUGCCUCCCAGUCCUCGUCUCAAACGCCGCGUCGCUCGUCUUCUGUUGCUUCGUGUGCAUCCGCCGCUGCGUCUCCUUUGUCUUCUUCCGCUUCGUCUAAUUCGUUCUCCUCUUCUUCGUCUAAUUCUAUCUCUUCUUGUCUCUCUUCUUCUCUCUCUUCUCUCCCUUCUUCUUCGGCUUUGUCGUUAGGCGAGGGCCGGGGCCUUUCCUCAGCGCGGUUGGUCGGGCCCCAACCAAAUCUCGUGGGAAAAGCGACGAGGCGCACUGCGACGGAGCCUGCCUCGUCCUCGACUGCUGAGACGAGGCGAGAGAUGAGCGGAGAAAGUCCGGAUGGUGACAGAGACGGGAACGACGUGGACAGCCGCAAGUGGCGAGUCCCGCAUGCAGAGCGCCUGGAAGCUGAGCCGCCCCUUCGAUUCUCCGAGGGGCUGUUUGGCCGCUCCACAGCGGCGCGGCCAGACAGAGACAAGGAGGGGAAAAGCGCGAAAUCCGCUCGACCGGGAGAGCACGAAAACUCGCGAACUGAGGACAGGACGAGGGCGGGGGACGACCGAGAUGAGCGCAGCGCGCGUGGAGAUGCAUGCAGGCGGUUCGCGAGUUCAAGAGACUUGGACGCCUCCGAGCUGGAAUGGACAGGAAGGCGAGGCAGUGAGAAGAAGAACGAAAGGACAGACAGAGGAGAAGAAGAAGAAGAGGAGGAAGGAGAAGUGAAGGAGGAUGAAUCCUGUGUUCAGAGAGAACUCCGGAGGAAAGCAGCGCCGGAUGAGAGAUGCGGAGACACGGCCGGCGAGCCGGAGAACUCACUGGCAAGAGGGAAGAAACCAUCUCUCACGCUUUUCGGAUCUUUUCGAACGAGGCCUGCGACCGUGAAGGAGACGGCCUUGCCUCUCCAAAGGUUGGUUCGAAACGCGGAGAGGGACGAGAAAAGGCCGUGGGAGGAAAGGAAAGAAGUGACAGGAGCCGCACGACACGGCCAGGCAGACCCAACAGGGACAGGGAAACGCGCGGACGUUUGUUCUUCUUCCUGUUCUUCUGGGCGCACCUCGCUUUCCGCGGAGCCUUCCGCUCCCUCGUCCGCCUCUGUGUGCUCUUCUUCCUCUGCGACUUCCUCGACUUUCUCGGUUCCAGUUUCCUCGGUUUUGCCUUUCUCUUCGGAGUCUCCUUUUUUGCUCGCGUCUGCCGUAGCCACCUCUCUGUCUUCGUUCGCGUGUUCAUCUAAUGAGAAAAAAGGGAAGGAAAGAGAAGCGCGGGGCAAAGAAAAGCGGGAGGACAAGGCAGAGAAGAAAACCGUAGAGAAGGAAGAAGGGGCGGGGCAAAAAGAGAAAGAGAAGGACGAGAACAAGGCAGCGGAAAGGAAAGAUGAAGAAGAUUACGAGGAGAAAGAAGACAAGAAAGAAGAGAUUGAGGCGGGUUUCGGUGGGUCCGCUGUUUUUGACAACGAACGGAACGAAAGACGAGACGCGAAUGCUGGCGUGUCUGGCUCUGAAGCUUCAAAAGGAGAGGAAGAAGACCAGCGUGGGCGUGCAGAGACGGAGGGCGAGAAGAGAGAGGUGGAGGGCGACAAGACGAAGGCUGAGACAAACGGGAAGAAGGCACAUGAGGCGGGGGCAAAAGACGAAACUCCUUUCUGUGGAGAAGACAGAAAGGAGAGUGCUCGGUUUCUCGCCCAGCCCGCAUGCCGAGGCGACGAACGCGAAGGCCAGGAGGAAGAGCGGUCUUCUUUCUCGUCUUCCGAUGCUCCGCACCUCUCGCAGGACGGUGUCGCACAUGGCUCUUCCGCACCAGUCUCGGCGACUCGAGUAACCGAAGCAGUCGGAGAGACAAAGACGUUCCUGACAACCCCAGUGCCGUCGGCGGCUUCUUCUGCCGGGUGGCGAAGGCCGAACCACCCAGAAAGAGAGCUUCAAGAGAAUCUCCCGACUGGGGAAGCAAACAGCGAAGACAAACGAGCAGGCGAAGAAUGCGACGUGUCUCCGCAGCAGAGCGCGAGGGCGAACGGCGGAGACGAGCAGCCCGAAGAGAGGCAAACGCGAGACGGCAAAGAGUGUGAAGGCGCGACAAAUGAAGCGGAACUGCAAAACGUCUGCUUGACGCUCAAACGCGAACUCGAGGAGACGCUGGUGUGCGAUGUAAGGCUCCCCACUUCAUCUCUCUCCGAAGCUUUCGUGCCUCAAACACGGCAACCUUCUCUGUCUCGGAUAAGGACUGCUGCGUCAGCACAUCAGCGCAUCGUGUGCCUUUCCACAGCUUGUUUCUUUUCCACUAAGAGAAGCUAA